AGCAGUGCGCGCGUUGCAUCCUGGGUGCACUUUACCGAAAUCGCCAUUUUCACUUUUGAGGGUCCAACUCUGCUAGAAAAAUGUCGCUCAUGAGAAGUGUCACUAGACUUUCGGGGGCGUUGCGAUCACAAAGGCAACUUGUAAGGAUAUGUCAACCAUGUAGAAACUAUGCUGAUGAUACUAAGGCAUCAGCGCCGACGCAAAUGUCAUUUUCCUUUGGCUACCCAGGAAAGAUGUUCUACUCAAAUGCGAGUGUGAAGCAAGUUGAUGUUCCUUCAGGCACUGGAAGUUUUGGUAUUCUUGCUCAACAUGUACCAUCAUUAGCUGUUUUGAAACCUGGCACGGUCCUAGUCACGGAGGAUGACGGUUCUAUUAGCAAAUUCUUUGUGAGCAGUGGUAUGGUCACAGUCAAUGAUGACUCAUCUGUCCAGAUUCUGGCUGAGAUGGCUGCCCCGGUGGAGGAUCUAGAUUCACAGGCAAUCAAAGAAGGAAUGACCAAGGCCCAACAGGAGCUGGCUGCAGCAGCCACAGACCUUGCCCGCGCUGAGGCUCAAAUUGCUGUGGAAGUUCACGAAGCAAUGGACGCUGCCGUCAACAAGUAGAUACUUUUACAUCACCUGCCUGUUUUUAAGAAUUCAUGAAGCAGAGAUCCCUAGCCUGACCCCACCCUUCACACACAAAUGGAAUUUGGAAUGAUGAUUGUGAUCUAAUUACUCAUCUGAACGAAGAUUCAUAUUACUUUAUUUACCGAAAUCACCAUACCACACCAAAUGAUAAAACUCUUAACACUGAAACCUUGGAUAUUGAAGAUUGAAUUCUUAGUAUCGGUUGCUGUGAUAUCUCUUUCUUACUUCCUCUUUUCAGUAUGGAGUGAGCGUUCAUGGGUACUGCUUCAGCCUGUGUUAAAAUGCUUGCAAGCACUUUAGAAGAAUACAUAAGUUAUGUAAAUCUAUUUGCAUAAAUCUUGAGUAACUGUUCAACUGUGAUGAACAUUGUUACAUUGGCCAGAGUGACCUCCUAACUUAUCUCUGCUUCUUGCUUUAUGAACUGUUUGUUCCAAACGAGUAUGUGAUUAAUCCCUGUAAUGACUACAGUGUUAUUUGUUAUGUAUAUGAAAUAAAUGAAAAUGAUAUAUUGA